AUUCGAUCACCAACUCCUUUGGGUUGCCUAUUUGGACUUGUUGCGUGGAUUGACGAUGGAGCUCUUAGAGAUUUGUGGAAGUCCUUGGGCGAGGUUGCGCUGCGCUUUCGUCAUUGGAGGGGGGCGAAUAUGCUUCCAUAUCCCUCGCAAAAUCCUAAAGUCUGGAACCCUAACAGGGGGCAGAAGGGAAAAAAGGGAGCCGAGCAGUCGAGAUUGCGGCUUAGGGCGGGGCGAGCUCGCUGCUGCGCGCCAGGGUUUGGAUCGGCCGCUCCGCGAUCGAGGUAGAAAUUCUAGAAUGCGGUGAAGCUACGGGCUGGGCUGAUUGCGCUGCUGAAAUGCGCUCUGAUUUGAAGCUGCUGAUCGAAAUGGACCGGGUGAAGGAGAUUCUCACCCACCAGUACUCGUAUCCUCACGAGCACUCGCGCCAUGCGAUGCUCGCGGUGCUGGCCGGCUGCCUCUUCUUCAUUUCCACGGACAAUUUCCACACGCUGAUUCAUCGGUUUGACAACAAUAUCAAGUGGUGGUCCAUCUAUGCGUUCCUGCUGGGAUUCUUCUACUUCUUCUCAUCGCCUUUUCUCGUCAGGACGAUCGAGCCGAGCUACUCGAAUUUCAAUCGAUGGUAUGUUCUUUGGUUGCUUGUUGCGGCAGUAUAUCAUCUUCCAAGCUUCCAAUCCAUGGGAGUUGACAUUCGGAUGAACUUAUCCCUCUUCCUUACGUUAUUUAUGGCAUCGGUGCUCAUCCUCGUCCUCUUUCAUAUCAGCUAUCUGGGAUUGUGGUAUCUGGGCCUUGUUGCUCGUCUUGCUGGAAAUCGCCCGGAGAUCCUCACAAUUUUGCAGAACAGCACGGUGCUGAGUAUUGCAUGCUGCGUUUUCUACAGUCACUGUGGAAAUCGUGGGCCUAAAGGUAAACCUUUGGGAAGGCAACUGUCGUCCACGGUGCUGUUCGAGAACUUAUUACACUCGAAUCUAACAAAAUGGAUAAACAACUGGCCUCCAAUGCACGAAGUAAAAGAACAAGUGUGUCACAACUGGCUUGGUCCGGUUGGGUCGGCGGCCGACUAUCCCGUUUUCUCAAAGUGGGUUGUUUAUGGCGAGAUGGUUUGUCAUGAUGCUUGCGUUAAAACAUCGGAAAACAUUUCUCCCAUAUUUUCCUUAUGGGCGACAUUUAUCGGACUCUACAUUGCGAACUAUAUCGUUGAACGCUCCACGGGGUGGGCCUUGACACAUCCUCAGCCGUCCGGUGCACGACGACGAAAAAUUGUUACGGCUCCAGAGUUUCUCGAUAUGGUUCCAUGGUACUCAGGAACGUCAGCCGACCUGUUUAAAACAGCGUUUGAUCUUGUGAUAUCUGUGACGCUGUUUCUUGGUCGAUUCGAUUUACGCACUAUGCAGGCUGCCAUUAGUAAAGCACAACAAACUGAAAAGGACGGGUUCCUAUAUACACAUUUUCAUAAAAAAGAAGAAAUGUGGUUCGAUUUUAUGGCUGAUACUGGAGACGGGGGUAACUCUACAUAUACUGUAGCCCGUCUUCUCGCUCAACCAUUUCUCAAAGUUAAUGUUGGCGGCCGAGAAACUGUUCUCCAGCGUAGUAGUUUACUUCUUCUUGGAGGCGAUCUUGCCUAUCCAAAUCCUUCUCCAACGUCUUAUGAGCAACGUCUUUUUCGACCAUUUGAAUAUGCAAUGCAGCCCCCAAAGUUUUACAGGCCGGAGCAUAUCGCUGCUACGAAACCAGAGCUUCCUGAUAAUGUGGAGAAGCUUCAAGCUUAUGUUGGUCCUCAGUGUUUUGCAAUUCCAGGAAAUCACGAUUGGUUUGAUGGACUCGAAACAUUUAUGCGAUACAUAUGUCACAAAAGCUGGCUUGGAGGCUGGUUACUGCCUCAAGAGAAGAGCUACUUUGCCUUGCAGCUGCCACACGGAUGGUGGGUGUUCGGUCUGGACCAAGCUUUACAUGGAGACAUAGACUUAUUCCAGUUUAAAUAUUUUUCCGAGAUUGCUAAAGAGCAGGUGGGAUCAAAGGACUCGGUGAUUAUUAUUACUCAUGAACCGACCUGGUUACUAGAUUGGUACUGGGAAGGGUCAACAGGAAACAAUGUUUCUCAUCUAAUCAAGGAUCAUCUGAAAGGCCGCUGUCGUCUACGCUUAUCGGGUGAUCUACAUUUUUAUAUGCGUCACACGGCAGGCCCAGCAGCCGAGAAUCCAGCCAGUGUGCAGCAUUUGAUAGUGAAUGGCUGUGGCGGAGCUUUUCUUCACCCAACUCACGUCUUCACAAAGUUUUCUCAGUUUGAAGGCACAACGUACCAAAACAAAGCCUCGUACCCUUUGCCUGUAGACUCCAGAAAGAUUGCAUUGGGAAACAUUCUGAAGUUUCGAAAGAAAAACUGGAGAUUUGAUAUCAUUGGAGGAGUUUUGUAUUUCGUCCUCGUUUUUUCCAUGUUUCCUCAGUGCGAUCUGGAUAAAUUUUUUCAGAAAAACACAUUCUUUGGACAUACUCGGCAGUUCUUCAAUACAGUUGGACAGGUAAUAUACUUUCUACUAGAGGAUUCAUAUGUUUCGCUGGGGGGACUAUUUGGGAUGCUUAUUCUAGCGGUGCUCUUUGUCCCUGGAAAAGUUUCUCGCAAGAAGAAAUUUCUUAUAGGAUUCCUACACUGCUGUGUACAUUUAAUCGUUGCGAUCGGCCUCCUGCUUCUGUUGGAGCUUGGGAUCGAGACUUGCGUUCGACAUGGUCUGCUGGGCAAUGCAGGCUACCAUACCUUGUACGAGUGGUAUCGAUCAGUUGAAAACGAGCAUUUUCCUGACCCUACGGGUUUACGUGCUCGUAUGGAGCGUUGGACUUUGGGCUUGUAUCCCGCGUGCUUAAAGUAUUUGAUGUCAGCUUUUGAUGUUCCAGAGGUGAUGGCUGUGACAAGAAGUAAUAUUUGCAGGACAGGAUUGGAUUCUAUGUCCCGAGGCUUCAAACUCAUCUAUUACUCCUCGGUCUUCCUCUACUUCUGGGUUUUCUCUACGCCGGUGGUAUCGUUUAUCUUUGGAAGCUACUUAUAUACUUGCAUCAACUGGCUGAACUUACACUUUGACGAGGCGUUCUCGUCAUUGCGCAUUGCAAACUACAAAUCUUUUCUGCGGUGCCAUGUGACAAAGACCGGCGAUUUGGAAGUCUACACCCUUGCAGUUGACAAGGUUCCAAAGGAGUGGAUGUUGGAUCCACUCUGGGACGAGGAGCAAUCAGUGUCUCCCUCUUACAGCAGGAAGUAUCCGAGUCAGUGGAUACCUCUUCCACCUUACAGGGAUGCCAAUUGCAACGUCCGGGUGAUCGACCACUUUGUUGUAAGCAAGUAAAAGGGAAACAGACUUGUUUAUAGAAUGACAGGCUCGAGAAUGGCCCAGGACACAAGUAAGCCCGAGUUGGGAAGCCAAGAAGAUCACUGGAUUGGGUUUAAAGAUUUUUAAGCGAAUACCAGUUUGAAAGCUUGUGCCGUUUACACCUCGUGGACUUCGCUUCGUUAUUGCUAGAUGCAAACAGCGCUUGCGUUUGUCUUAACACCAUGGUCAUUCCUACACUGUAAUUUGCUUUAUAGAAGCAAACCCUCUCAAACUCGCCUGGUACACGACUUCACAUUUCACAAUCGUCAUUGCUACUGGUCCUUGCUGAUGCGUAGCUGUCUGAAGUAGAACAACUUAGAUUUUGGAUCAUCCAAAGCUUCCCAUGAAACUUGUAAUGCAAUGGAACUCAUGGAAAGCAGAGAAA